CAGUUUGCCAGAGAGGAAAGAGCUAGCACAGUGGGCAGAGAAAGAGCUAGAGAGAGAAAGAAGGGGCUUGUCAUCUUCAGUUCCAAUCCCACACUUCCUCUACAAAGUGCCUCUUCUGUUCACCAAGGAUGGAGAACGCACACAUGAAAGAGCCAGAUGAGGUUCUAGAAUACUUUGGAGUGUGCGAGAACACCGGCCUCACACCUGAGCAGUUCAAGAAGAACCUGGCCAAAUAUGGCCCUAACGAGCUGCCAGCAGAGGAGGGUAAAACCAUCUGGGAGUUGGUAGUGGAGCAGUUUGAAGAUCUGUUGGUUAGGAUCCUGCUUCUGGCUGCCUGCAUCUCUUUUGUGCUAGCUUUGUUUGAAGAAGGUGAAGAGACUGUCACUGCAUUUGUGGAACCCUUGGUCAUCCUUCUCAUCCUCAUUGCCAACGCUGUGGUUGGAGUGUGGCAGGAGCGCAAUGCAGAGAGCGCCAUUGAGGCUCUGAAGGAGUAUGAGCCUGAGAUGGGGAAGGUUUACCGGGCGGACCGGAAGAGCGUGCAGAGGAUCAAGGCCAGAGAGAUGGUUCCUGGUGAUGUUGUUGAAGUGUCCGUUGGUGACAAAGUCCCUGCAGAUAUCAGACUUAUUUCCAUCAAAUCUACAACCCUGCGUGUUGACCAGUCCAUCCUAACUGGUGAGUCUGUCAGUGUGAUCAAGCACACUGAUGCUGUACCUGACCCCAGGGCUGUCAACCAGGACAAGAAGAACAUGCUCUUCUCUGGCACCAACAUUUCUUCUGGAAGGGCUAUUGGUGUGGCCGUGGCAACUGGUGUCUCCACAGAGAUCGGCAAGAUCCGUGACCAGAUGGCUGCCACGGAGCAGGAGAAGACCCCCCUGCAGCAGAAACUGGAUGAGUUUGGAGAGCAGCUAUCCAAGGUAAUUUCCCUAAUCUGCGUGGCCGUCUGGAUGAUCAACAUAGGCCACUUCAAUGACCCCGUCCACGGAGGAUCCUGGAUACGUGGCGCCGUCUAUUACUUCAAGAUUGCCGUAGCACUGGCUGUGGCCGCCAUCCCUGAGGGCCUGCCCGCUGUCAUCACCACUUGCCUGGCACUGGGUACCCGCCGUAUGGCCAAGAAAAAUGCCAUUGUGAGAAGCUUGCCCUCCGUCGAGACCCUGGGCUGCACCUCAGUUAUUUGCUCAGACAAAACUGGCACACUGACCACCAACCAGAUGUGUGUUACCAAGAUGUUCAUCAUUGACAAAGUUGAUGGAGACAUUGUCACUCUGGGUCAGUUUGACAUCUCCGGCUCAAAGUACACUCCAGAAGGAGAAGUUACUAAGAAUAAUAGCUUGGUGAAGUGUGGCCAGUUUGAUGGGCUGGUUGAACUGGCUACUAUCUGCGCACUGUGCAAUGACUCGUCCCUGGACUACAACGAGGCUAAGGGUAUCUAUGAGAAGGUGGGUGAAGCCACUGAGACGGCUCUAUCCUGUCUGGUGGAGAAGAUGAAUGUGUUCAACACUGAGGUGCGUGGCCUGUCAAAGGUGGAGAGGGCCAAUGCCUGCUGCAAUGUGGUCAAGCAGCUGAUGAAGAAGGAGUUCACACUGGAGUUUUCCCGUGACAGGAAAUCCAUGUCUGUCUUCUGUUCCCCUGCCAAGGCCUCUAAAGCUCCCGUGGGCAACAAGAUGUUUGUCAAGGGUGCCCCAGAGGGAGUGAUUGAACGCUGUGCCUAUGUCCGCGUGGGUACCACCCGCGUGCCUCUGACCGGGCCGGUCAAAGACCGCAUCAUGACCGUGAUCAAAGAGUGGGGCACAGGUCGCGACACCCUCCGCUGUCUGGCGCUGGCCACCCGCGACACACCAUUGAAGAAAGAGGAGAUGAACCUGGAAGACUCCACCAAGUUUGUUGAGUAUGAGACUGACCUGACCUUUGUGGGGUGCGUGGGGAUGCUGGACCCUCCUCGUAAGGAGGUUAUGGGCUCCAUUGAGCUUUGCAGGGCUGCAGGCAUCCGUGUCAUCAUGAUCACUGGUGACAACAAGGGCACAGCUGUGGCCAUCUGUCGUCGUAUUGGCAUCUUCACAGAGGAGGAAGAUGUGACUGGCCGUGCCUUCACCGGACGCGAGUUUGAUGACCUGUCCCCAUAUGAACAGAAGAACGCCGUCCGCAGAGCCUGCUGUUAUGCCCGUGUGGAGCCAUCCCACAAGUCUAAGAUUGUAGAGUUCCUCCAAGGCUUUGACGAGAUUACUGCCAUGACGGGUGAUGGUGUGAACGAUGCCCCUGCUCUGAAGAAGGCUGAGAUUGGCAUCGCCAUGGGCUCUGGCACUGCCGUUGCCAAGUCAGCCUCUGAGAUGGUCCUGGCUGACGACAACUUCUCCUCCAUCGUAGCUGCUGUUGAGGAGGGCAGGGCCAUCUACAACAACAUGAAGCAGUUUAUCCGCUACCUCAUCUCCUCCAACGUGGGUGAAGUCGUCUGUAUCUUCCUGACGGCCGCCCUGGGUCUGCCUGAGGCCUUGAUCCCCGUCCAGCUGCUCUGGGUUAACCUAGUCACCGAUGGUCUGCCCGCCACUGCCCUGGGCUUCAACCCGCCAGACCUGGACAUCAUGGGCAAGGCCCCCCGUUCCCCCAAGGAGCCCCUAAUCUCCGGCUGGCUCUUCUUCAGAUACCUGGCCAUUGGAGGCUAUGUUGGUGCUGCAACCGUGGCUGCUGCUGCCUGGUGGUUCCUGUACUGUGAAGAAGGCCCCAUGGUGUCCUUCUACCACCUGUCCCACUUCAUGCAGUGCAGUGAGGAAAAUGAGGAUUUUGCAGGUGUUCGCUGUGAGGUGUUUGAGGCUGCUCCUCCAAUGACCAUGGCCCUGUCUGUGCUCGUUACAAUUGAGAUGUGUAAUGCCCUCAACAGCUUGUCUGAGAAUCAGUCCCUGGUUCGGAUGCCCCCCUGGAGCAACCUGUGGCUGGUGGGAGCCAUGACUCUGUCCAUGUCCCUGCACUUCAUGAUAAUCUACGUGGACCCGCUGCCCAUGAUCUUCAAGCUGACCCAUUUGACUGUGGACCAAUGGAUCGUGGUGCUCAAGCUCUCCUUCCCUGUCAUCCUAAUUGAUGAGGUUCUGAAGUUUGUGUCUCGCACAUACCUGGAGGAAAGAGAUGAUAAUCUAGUGUCCAAGAAGUGGAACUGAGAGAAAGAGUGGAGGAAACUACAUGGAGUGGUGGAUCAUUACACAGAACGAGUUGUUACUCAUAGAAAAGACAACCAUGAACAAAACCAACAGAAAAAAGAGAAAAAAACAUCUUCCUGUGUAUGUAUUCAAAUGUAAUUAAUAGAU